GUAUACUUGCACUUUGCAAAGAAAGAAAAAUGGCAUUCCUGGCGCUCCUGGUGUGCAGCCUGCUGGUAGCCUCAUCAUAUUCACAGCCUGGCUGGCCAGGUUAUGGUGGUGGAAACAGUGGAGGAGGAUAUGGUGGUGGAAGGCCUGGAGGUGGAGGAUACGGUGGUGGAAACUCUGGAGGAGGUGGAGGAUACGGCGGGGGAAACUCUGGAGGUGGUGGAGGAAACGGUGGUGGAAACUCUGGAGGAGGUGGAGGAUACGGUGGUGGAAACUCUGGAGGGAACACCGGAGGAGGUUCUAAUACUGAAAAAUGUACAUGCAAACUGAGUUGUGUAGAUGUAAUUCGCAGGAGCGAUACUGCCAAGUGCGAUGCCGGAUAUACUGCCAUGUCUUGUUCCUGUGGAUCGGGUUGUGGAUCAUACAACUUCAAGAGCUCCGGCGAGUGUUUCUGUCAGUGCAAUAACAUAGGAUGGACAAGUGCCCGCUGCUGCAAGAUGGACUAAUAAUGUCACCCAGAUGUCACCUUUAUCUCACUGUUUAACACAUUAAUUCAUUUUUGAUAACAAUAAAAUACAUUUUAGAAAAUA